AUGGCCUCAAUCAUACGAUUCAAUAUACUGCUUCUCUUGCUUCCAUUUGCAUUUUGUUCAACUACUACAACAGAGGAGCCGGAUGGUUCAAACUCCACUGAAGGAGCUACUACUGUAGCCGGGACUACUGUAGAAUUUACUACUGAAAAUACAACUGUCAUCGGGACUACUGUAGCUGACACUACUACGCUGAAAACUACAACCGCUUCAACGAGUACUGCAGGUCCAACUAAAAGCAGCACGAAGACGAAAACGACAGUUACAGCAAGACCGGAAACAAAGCCAGAAGCUAGGACAACAACUGGAAUCCAACUUUCCAGAAAUGAUAUCCCAAUUGAUUGCUCGGAUGCUGACCUGUGUUUCAAUGAGAAUGUAUUUGGCUCCGCAAGUAAUACGAAUUUCCUUUUAUCCUGCACUUUUUUAUUGAUAUUUUGGUGA